UCGGCGGGCUCGGCGGCGAGCGGACGCAGCCAUGUGCCCGUGCGCGCUGCGCGGCCCCCCCGCGCCCUGCAGCCCCUGCGGCCCCGGCCGCGCCGCCCGGCCCGAGGCCGCCGCCCGCCGGGUCGCCGCCCGCCUGCGCCGCCUGGGCGAUGAGCUGGAGCAGCGGCGCAAGGCGCGGGGCCGCGGCCCCUCGGCCGCCCGCCGCCUGGCCGCCGUGGCGGGGCUGCUCUGCGCGCUCACGCCCGCGGCCGCGCUGGCCUGGCUGAUCCGCAGGAGGAGCCUCUAGGGAGAGGGGCGCUGGACGGAGCGGGGAGCAGGCGGGACGCGCAACAGGCUGGAGCAAACCCUGUGCCCUUGGAGAAAAUUGUUUCCCCUUUUCCUCCAGGGAAUCCAGAGCCUGAGCAGCAGCUGUGGAGAGUGGAGAGAAAGAAAGAAGUGGGAGAUGCUGGAAGUGCUUUGGGCGACGUGAGAAGGAGGAUUUGCCCGGAAGGAGCUGUUCAAGGGCCCAGCAGCAAACCAGAGACACAAAACCUGCUUAUAUAUAGAAGAAUGUAACCCCUGUGUAUGCAGACGUGGACGCGUGCAUGCCUUGUGAGAGCGUAAGCGACAUUCCCUGUAGAUGGCUGCUGUGAGCAGCCCUGCUCCUGCAGGCCGAGCCUUGGCACUGCUGCUGGCCCUGCUGGACACCACCCACUGCCCUGCUGGCCCAUUUAUGCAGCAGGAUGAGGAGGAAUCUCUACACCCAGAUUUGUAAUCCUGAGAAUUCCAAUCGUGCCCAGGCGUGGCGGGGAGCGGGUGCGGAGCAGCUCGGACAGCAGUUUGUGUGUGUAAAUAUUCAUGCUCUGGCACCAGGGGAGAGCAGCUUUCCUAUGACUUUAGUUUCUCUGGUGCUACAUUUAAUAUUUGUCUGGGGCUAAACUGCCUCUCUGUGGUGCUACAGUUUCCCCAAGAGGAUGUUCUGAAACGUGGGACAAGGAAAGAUCUAUUUUGGUUAUUGAUAUUUAUACACAAGAUAGCAAAAAAUAAGACUUGUUGAGAAGGUGCUAUUUUUUUUUCUUUCUUUCAAUCUCUGCAGAAACUAAGACAAAACAAGUAAUCUACCCCAGAACUUUAUAAACUCCUUUUCUUUGGAGCAGUUCUUUUUCUUUUUGACAGUGUGGAGCUUGGGAAGCAGCAGGCACUGAGGUGGAAAGGACACAAGAACCUUUCCACUGCAGUGUGCACAUCAAAGUCUGCUAGAGCAGCACUUUCUGCAGCUCCAGAGCUGGGAAUUCUCCUGCAUGGUGAUUUAUUCAGUCCUACCAUGAACCAGGGAAGAGAACUCUUAUCCAAACUGAUCACUAGAGCAGGGGAUAACAGGAGAACUUGGCCUUAGAAGUCAAAGGGCUUUUUUCAGUCUAGUACUGAGCACUUUUUUCCUUGCAGCCAAAACUGCCUGUCAGAUUUCGGGUACCUUCCACAUACAGCAACCUGUGCACAGUUUUUUAGAAACAUUUUUCCUACCUUCAGAUAUUUGCACCAGAAAAUUGACCCUGCCAUGGCAGGGAGGGCAUUUUCAAAGGCAUAAAGGAAUGUUAGAACCCGAUUUUUGAAGGAAAUUUGGCUCCUUGUCUUUUAAAAAUACUUCCCACCCCUCGCCCAGCCCAGGAAGAAGCCGAGUGGCCACUGUGUCCAGUCAGACCCUGCAUUUUCCACUGCUGCAGGAGAAAUGUUUCUAAGCAAUGUGAAAGCUAAAUUCUCCCUUUAUCAAAUAUUCACCGCAGUGUUUUGAGCCCCUGCACACAUUUUCCUGGCUGAUGUUGAUCCAAGUCCAUUCCCAAACAGCAGCAAGGGCUCUGCUGGAAGAGCAGAUUGCUCCUAGUGAGGAGCCUUGCCUGCCUUAGGUGAUGUGCAGUGUUGGGAGGGGUGGUGUAGCUCCAUGUAGUUUGUCUGUCCAUACCUUUGGAGUGGUCUCAGAGCCACAGGACCAGUGAAACAUUUUCCUGCCAUUUUUGGCCUGAUGCUCAGUAAUCCUCAGCAUCCUGAACCCCUUCCCAGCUCAGUCUCCUACAGAAACAAGGACAAAUUCUUCUAACAAAAGGAGGAGCCUCAGCUGAUUCCAGCAGUGCUGCCAGUGCUGGGCAGAGCCUUAAAAAUACCAAUUUCUGGAAACCCCUGGAAUGUGGAGUGAAAUUGUGCCUGUGCAAUUGCACAAGUCCCACCUGAAGCAUGGAUGUGACACUUGGCUGUAGGGGACAGCCCCUGCAGCUCUGCCCUGCACAUCCUCCCCAGCCCUGGGCCGGGGUCACGUCCCUCAGAGGCUCUCCCACAGAUUCCUCACCUUUAUCAGCUCUGAAUGUAAUAAACUUCUCACCUGGAAUAGGCAUUACUCCAUUUUCCCUGUGCACACAGCUGGCACUGCCCUGGCUCUCCUGCUGCCCUGGCUGUUGGGGGCUGCAGCCUUCAGGCUGCUCCCAGUCUUUCAAUUCCCUUGGAACAGCACAGCCAAGGAAAAGGAAAGGAAGUUCUGUCCUCCCCACCUCGGGAGAGCCCCCAGAUCUGUGAUCAGCCCCAGUGCAGGGAUUGGCUGAUCUCCCUCAGUCCCAGCCCUCCAUGGACAGGCUUGUCUGUGAAAAUUCCCAAACCUCAGAGCUCCUCAGGGGCUCCAAACAGUCAGCAAAAAAUGUGAACAGACUUGUCCUGCCCAGCAUGGAACAGCCACAUGGAUGGUGCUUCCGAAAUGGAAACCAGAGCAGGUCUGGUAACCCAAAUCCUGCCUUGUUCCUGGUUUGCUUCACUUUUGUAGUUCCAAACUGGAUGUUUCGCAUGAACUGAGGGUGAAGUUUUGGAGUUUUGUAGCCAGAAUUCCCUGUACAGAACUGGAAUUCCUUGUUGAGGGUAUGGAUUUGUCAAAGCCUUACAUUUUGUGGUGUAAUUGCUAUCCUUGAACGCCUCCAUUUUUUGACAAGGAGUGUUUUUAUCCUUUCUACAAGACCUGCCUUUCCCUUGGUUGGUGUUUGCACGGAAAGGGAAGGGUGCUGUGAACUCCCUGGAAAUUCCCAGUCCCCUGCUGUGGGCAGGAAGCCGGCACAGUUCCCCUCUGGCCCUUUUGUUCUCCCAGCAGUGAGCAAUCCCGGGCUGGGUCAGCUGGGAGGGCCAGGCAGCCCUCUCGGGUUUCAGAGCUCACUCAUGAGCUCAUCACGGCUGGGAGGGAACUCUUCAUGAAUCUUUAAAGCAGUUCUCUGCCAAGACAGCUCCCAGCACAACCUGGAAUUCCCUAUUCCAAGGUAAAAGAGCAGGCUGGUGUGGGCUGCUGCCACCUGCUCCAACUGCUCCUCUGGCCAGUGAGCUGAGCUGCACCAGCAGUGCUGGCUUACCCCAGGGCAGGGCUUCACCCAGGAGCUCCCCAUUCCUUCCUCUUCUCCUGCAGAAUUCUUCUCAGCAGGUAAAAAAGCUGAAAUGGCACCAGGCCUCCUGUCCCACAGCUUGGUGUGCCCAGGAGGGGCAGCACCCAAAGCAGGGGGCUGGCAGUGCCCAGGGGGGAUCCCAUCCUGCUCCUGCUGCAGAGCAGGGAGGCAGCAAUUCCUCCGAGCCAAGCCCAUUGCAAAAGCAAUUCCCUUAAAUUCUUAAACACUUCUUGAAUCAGUUUCAUCUGAUUUGUGAGCCUGUUUUGUUUCUAUAUCACAGGAAAAGUUAUAAAGGUCUCUUAAACCCUCAGCAUGAGCAGAAGCAGCUCCUGCUGCUGAAAUCCAUGACAAACUGAACUGGUUAAACUGGUGCAGUGUCUGUCCACAGCCAGCCUGGAAUGAGGCAUUCCCAGCUGGAAAACUGCUCUGCCCUGUGAGAAAGGGCCCCA